AUGAUACAAAUCUUCCUCCUUGGCCUGUUGGCUCAUUCAACUCAUAGCCUUACAUCGAUUGGUGAAAUCAUUGAAAAUACGAUCAAGCGAAUUCCCACACAAAACACCACCCGACCACUCGAAGUUCGAUUGGGAUUCUACUUGGAGAGUAUUGGAAAUUUCAAAUCCGCUGAAAUGUCCUUUGACGUGGAUAUGUACUUGUACAUGUCGUGGAAAGAUCACCGUUUAAGGCAUCGCUCCGUCGAUCAAGUACUCGUCACCGAUGAUCGCAUUAGGAAGAAGCUUUGGCUACCAGAUCUAUAUUUUGCGAACGCAAAAGAGGCAAAAGUUCACGAGGUGACCGCUCCGAAUUUCAAUAUAUUCAUUGAUAAAGAUGGAACGAUUGCUUACUCGUGCCGGUUCACGAUGUCGAUCAGUUGCAACUUGCAACUCCGAAACUAUCCAAUGGACGUGCAAAUGUGCGGAAUUCGGAUUCUUUCUUAUGCGCACAUACAAAAGCAAAUGGACGUGAAAUGGUUUGACGAGGGGCCGAUCCGAGCAAAUCCGGAAAUUCGACUUCCCGAAUUCGAGAUCACGAAUAUUACUGCCCGUUAUUGCAAUGGAGCCUAUCGAUAUGCGGUCACUCAAAAUGGAUAUAAAUACGAUAACUUCAGUUGUUUAUUCGGAAAGAUUUUCCUCUCUCGAAAUAUGGGAUAUAAUUUGAUUCAAAGUUACAUCCCGACUGGGUUAAUCGUUGUCAUUUCUUGGGUUUCUUUUUGGAUCGAUCGGAGAGCUGUGCCGGCUAGGGUGACUCUCUCAUUCACGACGCUCGUUUCAUUGACAACUUUGGGUAACGGUAUGCGUUACGGUCUACCGAUGGUCGACUACGCGAAAGCUAUCGAUUUAUGGUAUGGAGCCUGUAUGAUUUUCGUCUUUCUGGCUCUCCUCGAAUUUGCCAUUGUCAAUUCGAUCAUGAGAAAAUCCGAUAAAUAUGAUCAAAUCGCGAAGAAAAUUGCAGUCGCAAGAGAGCCUGAAAAGAAAGAAGAAUCGAGAAAGAAUGAAGACACAAUGCCUGUGGGAGGAAAUGAUUGGAAUCGAAAAACGAUUCGGGACUAUUUGAGGAAAAACUCGAGAGAUAGAAAAUUGAAUCCGCAAAACCAGAAAAAUGAGUCUCCACAUCGUCCUCCGUAUCUCGUCGUCUACAAAGAGCCCGAAAACCAGGAUGGAGCAACGGAGUACGAUUCGGCUGAGGAAACGUUUAACGAUGGUGGGAAUCUAGGAAAUCAAACGGAUCAGAUUAGAGAAGAUGAGCUCGAGAUUUCCGAUGAUGACACGAAAAUGUGGAACAAAGCGAUGCGAAAAGACAACCCGAAUGGACUGAUCGUGUUGCCGAGAAAGCGCAAGAACAAGGACCCGCAGGAGCCAUGCACUCAAGCAUCCCGUCCGAACUCUCAACUCAUCAAUCGGGGAGUCGCCGAGAGCACGUAUGCUGUGAUGUCUCACUCAUUCUCCCGACGUGCUUUCCAUCUCGACCAAAUCUGCCGUUACAUUUUCCCGGGCACUUUCCUCAUUUUCAAUCUCUGGUAUUGGAUUUAUUUUCUCAUUUAUCACAAAAAUAUUCUCAUCGCUGAGAUGAAAGAUCAAUUG